ACUAUGCGCAAUGUUCGAAGUUAGCGCUACAUCACUAUUUGAAAAGGUCUAUGGAGUUCAUCGCUCAUCUGGAUUUUAUAUUUUAUAAAUUUCUGCUCACGCAGCAGAACAACAUACUUUGGUUAUGUUGCACCUGAGGACUGUGGCUAUUUCAGUUUUUUUACUUGUGACUGCUACCAGACAAGAUGAUGACAUUGGUUACUUUUGGCAUUUAAGUGAUAUUCACUGUGAUUUAAAAUAUGUAAAUAAAUCAUGUAAUCUUCCAUAUGGUAAUUAUUCUUGUGAUUCUCCACUCAAACUUGUUUUAAAUGCAAUCAAUGCAACUAGAAUGUUAUUUUCUAAAACACCGGAUUUUGUUAUUUGGAGUGGUGAUAAUGGGCCACAUGAUGACAGUUUGACAUCCGAUCAACUUUUGGAUGGUAUCCGGUUAAUAAGUAAAGCGUUGAAACAAUCAUUUCCAGUGGAUGAAGUUUAUAUUCUACCUGUAUUAGGUAAUCAUGAUGUUGUGCCUGCAAAUACUAUGGAAAUUACACCACAAAGUCGUUCACGUUUUGACUGGUGUCACAAACUUGGUAAUGAUGUAGAUUUAUGGGGUGAAUGGAUUAAUCAUCGACAAAAGAAAUAUUCAUCAUCAUCAUCACGUCCCUCUUCUUCUUCUUCUUCUUCCUUCUUAUCAGAAAAUUCAUCAGACUUUCCAAUGGCUAAUUUCUCACAAAAUUGUUUCUUCUCACAUUAUCUUGUAUAUAAUACUAGUUCAUACAAUCAUCCUAAUACUAAUAGAAACAAUAAUAACUCUAAAAUUACUCAUCAACCUAAUUUAAUUCUAAUCAGUUUAAAUGGUCUAAUCUGGUAUCAAGGUAAUAUAUUAGCUGGUACUAAUGAUCCAGAUCCAUUGGGUCAACUCAAUUGGCUUCGACAAACCUUUGAAUGGGCAAGAAAACGAAAGGAUAAAGUUUUACUUGUUAGUCAUUUCCCUCCGGGUGUAUCAGAGAAUGCUCCACAAUGGUAUCAAUUUCUUCGUUCAGAAAUGAAUGAUCAAUUUGUUAAUAUAUUAAUUGAUAAUGCAGAUUUAUUAAUGACUGGAUUAUUUGCCCAUGAACAUGUUGAUAGUUUUCGAUUAUUAGUCAAUAAAUCAAAUAUACCGGUAGCAUCAUUAUUUCUUAUGCCUUCCAUUUCUCCAUUACUAUUACACGGUUUAGGUGAUUUUAAUCCACGUAUACGAUUAUAUCGAUUUAAACGUUCAACAAUGACUUUAUUAGGUUAUUCUCAAUAUUAUUUUAAUCUAGAUAAUCAAUUAUUGAAUAUGAAUAAUUUAAUCAAUAAUUGGCAAUUAGAAUAUGAUACAUUGAAUACGUAUCAUUUAAUUGAUUUAUCAUUUAAUUCAAUCAAUCAAUUAUGGUAUAAUUUUUAUCAAAAAAAUAAUAAUUAUUGGUCAAAAUAUUGGAAGCAUGAAUUAGGUGGUCGAUUACAUAGUUUAAAACCAAAUUAUCUUACUAAUGAUGGUUAUUGUCCUCAAGCGAAAUCACAAUGUCGUUGUGAUCAUUUAUGUGCUAUGCGAUUCUUAAUUCUAUCUGAUUUAAGCAAAUGUCUUGAAUUAUGUAAAAAUAUACAAAAAAAUAUAGUUGACAAUGAUAGUCGUGGUCGUGGUCGUGAUGAUGAUGAUGAUAAUCAUUUUCAACAUCCAAUGUUUACGACUAUUUAUCAUCCGAAUAAUAAUACGUAUUACAAUCAAUCUAUUAUUAAUGAUACAAGUAUUAUACAUUUGAAUGAACGUAGUAGUUUACCAUAUAUUAUUGGUGUAAUUGUUGCAUUUUUAGUAGUAUUAAUUGGUAUUGUUUUAAUUGUUAAUCGUGAAGUAUGUAAUCGACAUAGAGUAUAUCAUCAACGUACAUCAUUAUUAGCUAGUGUUAUUGGUAUAAAUAGAAUUAAUUCUGGAGGUAUGAAUGGAAAUGGUUUAUUUUUAAAUACAAUUAAUGGUGCAUUACCUAUCUCAUCAUUUUUACAUGGAUCACGUUCCAUAUGUAAAACUAAUGAUUAUUGUACUGGUGGUUCAUGUAUUGAAUUACGUACAGCUUUUCAUCCAUCCUAUGAUGAUUUCUAUCCGGAAUAUGUGAAUAAAUCUAUUACAUCUUUAAAUGCAAUCCCAUUCUCCAACGAUACUACUACUAAUCAUAAUCAUAAUCAUAAAGAAUCAGAUCAAAUGAUGAAUAGAGUUGUAGAGAAUUCUUUUACUCCAUUAGAGCAUAAUGAUACAAUUUUGUCACCAUCUCAUAUGAUUUCCUAUUAUGACAAUCCUAGUGAUAAUAGCAGUAGUAGUCAUAAUAAUAACCAAAGUAUAAAACAAAACUAUAUUAGUAAACGAUAUUCUCUACCGAAUUAUGCUUAUUUUAAAAAAUAUCUAUCUAGUCAUAUUAAUCCAACUGGUCGAAUGGUGUAUGUAGUGAAUCAAUUGUUUGAUCGUUGUAGUCAUACUACUAGUCGGAUAAGUCAUAUUCACAAUCAUGAUACUGUUAAUAAUAAUAAUAAUAAUAGUAAUAAUCAUGCAAGCACUAUUAAUACAAACAUUAAUCAUUGUAAUGAUAUGUUUAAUAAAAUCUCAUCAAUUGAUGAAAAAAGUUAUACAACAUCUGAAAGAUCAUCUAAUUGUCAACAUACACAAUCACAGAACAAUUCUUAUCAUGAUCAUGAUCAUCAUCAUCAUUAUCGUCAAAAUAAUAGUUGCCUUCCUGAAGAUUAUUAUGCUGAUGAUGAAGCAUUCGGUGAUGAAGACUAUAAUGAUCUUCACCAUAAUAAUAAUAAUAAUAAUAAUCAUAUUUAUUAUCAUUCACAAAAAGAUCAAAACAAUAAAACAAAUAAUAUCUGUCCUGAUAUAGUUGCUGAUAGUGAUAAUCAUCAUCAAGAUCAAACGAAAUUAUCAAUCUCAUCACAUAUGGAUUAUCAUCAAUUAAUGAAUGAUAAAAAGUUGAAAUUAAAUCAAAUAAAAAAACAAUUAAAUUCCCAUCGAAGUCACCAUUAUCAUCAUCAUCAUCAUCAACAACCACAACAACAACAACAUGAUGAUGAUCAUGUUCAUUGUACAAAUAGUACAAAUGAUGAAGAUCAAGAUUCAAUGAAUGAUCAUCUAUUUCAUUAUGAUCAAGAAUCAAAACUUCUUAAUUCUAAUCCUAAUCAUAAUGUUCAUAUUGGUCGAAGGAAAUAUUUAAAAGAUCAUAAAUUUUCAUUUUGUCGUAUAAAAUCAACUAAUCCAAAUCAUGUAUUGAAUAAUAAACAACAUAGUAUAAAUCAUUCAUCAUUUUCAUCAUCAUCAUCAUCAUCAUCAUCAUCAUCAUCAUCAUCAUCAUCCUAUUCUUCUCCUUUAAAAUCAAUUAAUCCUAUAGUACAUAGUCAAUCAUUAGUUCUAAAUGAAAUGAAUCGUAAUAGUAAAGACAAUACUGUUAGUUUAUGUAAUAGAAAGCAUAAAUCUAAACAUAAUUUAAGUAGUAUAUUAACCUCUUCAUUAACAUGUUUACCAAAUGAUUCAGAUAUUCAUUUACACAAUAAAAUACAAAUGAUUCAAGAAAAACAACAAAAUCCUCAUCCUGAUCCUGAUCAUCAUGUAUAUCAACAGUCACAAUCAAAUUAUACAUCAUUAUCUAAAUAUCAACCAAAAUUUUCAUUAUCAACACCAUCUUCAUUAAUAACAGAAUCAUUAAAAGUAUCAAAUUAUAAUCAUGAUCCAGAUCAACAACCUAUUCUUAUUUCAUUUUCAUUACCACAACAAACUAAUCAAAAAUUAUCAUUAAAUUUAAAUCAUUUUAAUCAAUAUAAUCCAGUACAACAUGAUCAUAUAAAUAAUGAUCAUGAUGAUGAUGAUGAUGAUGAUGAUGACGAUGAUAAUGAUAAGAAGAACAAGAACAAGAACAACAAUAUGAUCUGUUUUUCUUCAACUACAAAUAAUGUAUCCAUUGUAAAUAUCCCUAAAUCUGAUUAUGUUCAAAUGUCUAGUUAAUUAGUUUUUAUUUCAAUUUUUUUUUUAUUUUUUAAAAAAAAAAUUUAUUUUUAGCCUAUUUUAUUUGUUAAUAGAUGUAAAUAGAUUAUUAUUUAUCUUUGAUUGUUUCUAACUCUUCCUCCCCCCCCCUCUAUUUGUCUCUCUUCCCCCACCCCCACUUUAUCUGUCUCGUUCUCCCUUUCUGUGAACAAAAAAAACGCACAAAUUUUACACAUAUUGAAUGAAUGAUUAGUUGUGUUUGUUUGGACCGGGGUUUGUGUGUGUGUGUGUGUGAGUAAGUGUGUAAUGUUGAAAUCCUUUGAAAGGUAUUUUUUUUGUCACAUUUUUAUUGAUUCAUUUUUUGUUUGUUUGUUGCUUUGGUAUCUCUUUUGUUCUAAUCAAUACAAAUAUUAAUCUUGUCAUCAAAAUUCAAGAAGAAAAAAAAACGCAACUAUUUAAUAUCAUCUUUCUAUGUUAUAUAGAAUGUGUAUGUAUAAUGCUUAUUCUUAAUGGAUUCCCCUUUCGCUUCAUCCCACCCCCUCUUCCACCAUGACAACUGUACAUUGAUGUACUCAUUUCUUUUUUCUUUUUUUAAAAAAAGAGCAUAAGUGUGGGGGAAUGUAUUUGCUCUAUCUAGUCUGUUGAUUCAUAGAAGAGAAUGUAUCUAUGGUAAUGAUUGUUAUUCAUUGAAUUGAGUUAUAUACAAUAUCAUUAUUAGGUUAUAAAGGUAAAAUUUUUUUUAAUUAUUAUUAUUCUAAGUCAUUUAUAAUUAUUAUCAAUGAUAUUUUAAUUGAAUUUUGUUAAUUAUUAAAAACAAGCUGAUUGCUCAUUGUGUAUAGACUUGUUUCCUACCUUCUUUCAUCUUCAUCUUUGUUUUCUUUUAUCUAAAAACAAAAUCCAAUCAGGGUUAUGUGUAUAUUGUAGAUGUACUAUAUGUAUACUGAUCCUUUUUAUUGUAUUCCCUUGCUGUUAUUAUUAUUGUUGUUGUUGUUGUU